AUGCCAUCCUCUCCAACAGUAGUCGUUGAUGAAGCCCCAAUGUCUGUGACACCGCCAACAACACCACCUGCCCCUGACAUCACUAGCUUUAGUCGAGCUCCAGACAAGGUAGUGGUUACGACGACCACUUCGUCGCUUCUGCCCCCAACACUUUCCAUAUCGUCCUCGGAAGCAGCAACAAAUGAUGCAAGAGAGGAGAUGUCAGGUUUGACUGAGAUAGCUGGGGAAGGGGAUGUGUUGACAGGAUCUCAGGAUCUGGAUAAGAUAAUCACGGUAGUCUUGAAUCGUAAGCCACUCAAGCACAUAGAUGCAGAAUCUAACCGGCUGGGAGAUAUUCACUCAGCAAAUGAGCAAAUUUCUGCUUCUCCCGAGUCUUGCUUACUUAUUGGGGGGCGUGAUGAUUCAUUAGAACUGCCAGAGUCGGUUCAUCCACCAGGUCAAGUUGAAAAACGUAUUCCAGGCCCUGGUGAUGGGGUCUCUGGCGCGGAAUUACAUCAACCUCCAUCGCGAGAAACUGUCGUGAGUGUCUGUUGCCUCAAUUAUUUUGUUUAUGCUCAUUGGCCCGUGCACAUUAUUUCACAUGAUUUGCUUUUAGUUAUUUAUACAAAAACUCUUACAUCCUCAUCUUGUAAGCUUCCCCUAACUUGA